AUGAAGUCUUUGAAAAUUGAAAUAAAAAAAUUUUAUGUCGCUUUGUUCGAACGUGAUUUUGGAUUACAGUCUCAAAUUUUAACUUAUCCACCUGAUCAAAGAGAUGAAGUACGACGAGCAUACAUUACUUUUGGUUCAUUUCAAUCUGUACGCUCAAAUUAUCCAAAUUUGGUCCUGCAACUCAUCGCUGCAGCUUUCAAUCUUCAUGGAUGUGCUCUUAGAGGUUAUGAUAAAUCUAGAUAUUCCGGUAAUCGUGGAAACUUUUUAAAAUUGCUAAAAUUUUUAGCUUGUCAUAAUGAGAAAGUUGAUGCGAUUGUAUUUGAUAAUGCUCCUCCAAAUGCUACUAGAGAUGAGCCAAAAAAUGAGCAAAUGGCUAUAGUAUUAAGGUUUGUUGACAGAGAUGGCUUUAAUAUUUGUGUACAUGGUUAUUACGGUGCAAGCAAUAUGCGCAGUGAAUGGAAAGGAUUACAAGCUUUAAUUUCUAAUAGAUGUGCAUCAUGUAAACGGCAAGAUGAGUUACAAAAGGCUCAAGCAAUUGAGUUAACUCAUAUGCUUGUUGUAGAUGAGAGAGACACAGUGCAAGGGUUAAAUCAAAUGGACACUUUGCAACGGCCUGGAGAUACACAAAAAGUUCUGAAAAUAAGUGAUCUACUUUAUCAAGUUUUACCAUGUCAAUCCCAAGAUAUGUUGGAUGUUAUGCAUCUUGUAUUAUCAACAAAGUCACUUAUACAAGAAUUAAGGGAUAAUGGAUGGAAUAUACUACUUAUUGAGGUGAAAUGCUUUUGUGAAUUGCGCAAUAUUGAUACUCUAGAUUUGUCUGCUCAUCAUAUUGCAAGAAAAAGACGAGCUCGCCACCAACAAGCUUUGAAUCCACUAGAAUUACAACUUCAACAUUAUUCACGUAUUCAUGAGUAUUCGGAUUUUCAAAAGUUGUCAACUAUAUCUAAGGAGGCGUCAAAGUACUCCUCCAAAAUUCCAUAA